AUGCAAAAAGCACCGACGGCAGGACUCGAUCCCAAGAUCGUUCAAGCGCUGCCGACUGCUACUUUCUCCUUCGAAAAGCUUCGCGAAGGCUGCUGCGAAAGCUUUCGCGAGUGUGCGGUGUGCCUUGGCGAGUACGAGGAUGGGGAAUGUAUAAAGACGCUGCCCUCCUGCGGACAUAGAUUUCACGCGACAUGUAUCGACAUAUGGUUUUGCGCGCAUACCACGUGUCCCAUCUGCCGCUUCAACCUGAAACCCCCGAAACUCCCGGCCCAGCAAGAAGACUCUCAAGCAGAGAAUGACACGAGUUUGGGUGACUCGAGGAGGAGGGAGGAGCUGCGGCGGUUUCUAGGGGUGACAGAUGAGGAGGAAGAUUCAGGGUUGAAAGAGGGGAGGGUUGAUUGGGAGAGCAGCGGAGGGGACAGAUUGUGUGUCAGAAUAGAGGUUUAA